ACCCAGCUGGUUAGCUUAGAUUAGCUUAGCUUAGCUUAGCUUAGUUUAAAGACUGGCCAAGAAAUAAGUUAAUUAGUGAACUUUAGAGGUGCUGGUAGGCUGAUUUUAUGACUAUUGGACAAGAGCCACACUGUUUCCUCUUGUUUCCAGUCUUUAUGCUAAGCUAAGCUAACUGGCUGCAAGCUGAAGCUUUACAUUGAACAGACAAAUUUGAAAGUUAUUAUAAUAGGUUUAUUUAUAUAGCACCUUUCAAGAGCAGACAUCACAAUUCAUAAUAAAAACACAACAGCAACAGACAUUAUAUGCAGACAUCCAACUAAAAGCACAAGGAACAAAACAAAAUUAAACAAAAGCAAGUCUAGACAAAUGGGUCUUGAACUGCUUUUUAAAGGCGUCCACAGUGUCCACAGAUGUUAAGUCCAAUGGGAGAGAGUUCUAAAGUUUAGGAGCAACAACCUCAAAAGCACAGUCUCCUUUUGUCUUGAGUCUGAAGCGAGGGACAACCAACAAACCCUGAUACGAGGACUUCAGAUUCCUACUGGUGUUAUAUGGCUGUUGUAGCUGGUAGAGUGAUUAUGUCUUUUAGUAUAUUAGCAAGGUGGAAAAUAGCUCUGUGUUGGUAGAGACAGGAGCCACAUAUAAGAUUCAGCUGCUGAAUUGUAUUGUGAUAGGACUGAUAGUUUUAUUGCCACAAAAUCAUAUGACUUCAUGAGCUGAUUUUGGUGAAGGUGACUGCACCUUGUGUCGGUGCAGUGCGGUCAUAGCUCCUUGAAUUUGGAAUCACUUCCAUCAGAGCCUUGGAGAAGACACAUUUGUAAAAGGUUCUGGAGGAUGGCAGCGCGGAUGUUGAUGGCGUGUGUGCUGGGUACUCUGCUUUGUCAGGUGUGGAGCUCUGCAGAAACCCAGCGCAAGGAGGACGAGCUACGUCCUCAGGCCCUUUACCCGUGGAGAAAUCAAGGCAAGGGAAUGGUCAGGGUGAAGAGGGACUGGAUCAUCCCUCCAAUCAGAGUGCUGGAGAAUAGCAAGCAGGUUCCAGAAGACCUUGUCCAGAUCAAAUCGGACAAAAUCUUUACAGGUGAGGUGAUCUACAAGUUAGAAGGACCAGGGGUGGACCAGGAGCCCAAGAACUUGUUUGAGAUCGAUGAUAAAACAGGAAUAAUCAGGAGCAAGCGGCCACUGGACAGAGAGAAAUACAACAGCUUCACGCUGAAAGCCUUUGCGCUGUCCCCAAGCGGAGAAAGACUAGAGAAUCCGACCACCAUAGAGAUAGUAGUGCUGGAUCAGAAUGACAACAGACCUGCCUUCACCCAGAAGCAGUUCACUGGUACCGUCUCUGAGUUCUCAGUUCCAGGCACAUCAGUGAUGUCAGUGUCAGCCACUGAUGCAGAUGACCCGAUGACAGAAAACGCUCAUCUGAGCUACUCUAUCAUCGGCCAGGAGAGCAUUCCUGCCAACGCUGUUACCAAGACUAUGUUUGGUAUCAACAACCAGACAGGAGCCAUCUAUACAAGAGAUGUAGGCCUGGACAGAGAGGUGGUGAAAAGUUUCCGAUUAAAACUACAGAUUGCUGAUAUGGGGGGCAUGGGGCUAACAAGUGAAGGUGUGGCUAUCAUACAUGUAUCUGACAUCAACAAUCACGCCCCACAGUUCAGCCCUGCCUCGUACAGUAUGACAGCGGUGGAGAACAGGAAGGACUAUGAGAUUGGUCGGGUGAAUGUGACGGACAGAGAUGAUCGUGGAACAGGAAACUGGGAGGCCAAAUACUCAAUUUCUAAUGACCCCCAUGGAAACUUCGCCAUCACUACGGAUCCUGCCACCAACCAGGGUGUUGUGAUGGUGGUGAAGCCCCUGGAUUAUGAAGCACAGAGUGAGCACAUCCUGACUCUGGAGGUGGAAAAUAUCAAUCGUCUGAGCAACAAGGCCCCGAACCUGCCCGUGAGCACCGCUACAGUGGUGGUCACUGUUGUGAACGAGAAUGAAGCUCCACAUUUCAGGGAGGACCCCAUACAGAUCGUGGUCCCUGAGUCUGUGGUUCCUGGAACAAUACUGAAAAGCAAUAUUGCCUAUGACCCUGAUAAUUCUGUCCUGAGGUAUGAUAUUAGCAGAGAUCCUGAGAGGUGGCUCGACAUCAACAAAGAUACUGGAGAAAUUAUCGCCAAGAGAACCUUUAACAUGCGAUCUCCACAUGUUAAAAACAAUAUCUACAAUGCUGUUGUCAAGGUUACAGAUGCUGAUGGUGCGUCAACUACUGCCACAGUGGCCAUCACACUGAAGGAGACCAAUGACUUCCCACCUCAGCUCUUCCCUCUGAGUGGCUCUGUAUGCAGGGAUGCAGGCCGGAAGAGUUCUGGUCUGGUUCUGACUGCUGUGGACGAAGACCUUCCGCCGCACGCUGCACCUUUCAUCUUUGAAAUGCCCGAAGACGCGUCAAUCAACUGGACUGUUAUUCAAGUCAACGAUACUCACUCACUGCUUCAGCCCCUUGUAGAGCUGGAGGCAGGAGAGUACGCGGUCACAGUGAUGGUGUCAGACUCUGGGAGUCCUAUUCUCAGUGCUUAUGCUCAGGUCAAUGUCACUGUGUGUCUCUGUGACUCCUUCGGAGACUGUAAGUCUGAGGCAGGGGCGGUCUUUGGCUCCAGUGUGGGGAUCAGCUUCUUUGCUCUCAUUAUCAUCAUGGCCAGUAUUGCACUCCUUCUGUUGCUGCUCCUCCUCGCUGUGGCGGUGACCACUUGUGGGAGACACCACCAUAUCAAGAAGGGAACAGGUCUGCUUGUUGGGGAUUCAGAGGAUGACAUACGUGACAAUGUCCUCAACUAUGAUGAGCAAGGAGGAGGUGAAGAAGAUGAGAAUGCCUUCAACAUCGACCUGCUGUGGAAUCCCCUCGAUGCUCCUUCGACCCCCGGGUCCUACUGUCCAGUGUCUGGUGUUCCUCGAGGCAAGCAGCCCCUCAGGAGGGAUGCCCCCCACAACCUGCCUUCCCCCACCUACCCACGGAGGCCUCCUGCAGAUCCCACUGACAUUGAGGACUACAUCAAUGAUGGCCUGGAGGCUGCAGACAAUGAUCCUAAUGUGCCUCCAUAUGACACAGCCCUGAUCUAUGACUAUGAGGGAGAGGGCUCACUGGCAGGCAGUCUCAGCUCCAUUGCUUCAGGCAGCUCCGAUGGAGACCAGGACUACGACUACCUCAACGACUGGGGACCACGCUUUAAGAAACUGGCCAACAUGUAUGACCCACGUUAAGAUGGAGAGCAACCUACAGAAAGAAGAUCUGUGUGACUCAACACCAGUCAGGGGACAUGCCUUGGGGUGUUUCUCUGGACACAUUUGACAAGUUUUUAGUCUAUGACUGGAUUUGACAUGUGCCAAGGAAAAAUAAACCAAUGCUAUGCAGAACAAUUCGUCUUUAACCUAAAGUGCCUAAGGUGAGGAUCAUUUGGACAGAAAAUGACUUGUUUAAAUGUUUAGUGGAGAGCUCAGGAGAAGUAAACAAGAAAGAAAUAUCAAUUGUUGAUAGGAUCGGCUGCAAAGAGAGGAGCUGUGCAUGCUGCAAGGCAAACAGAACGUGUGUUGAAAUGUGUGUCCAUGUCUGGUUUUGUUUCUCCUCAGACUUGGAUUGUUCAGUAAUGAUGUAUACAACAAACGUGAGACAUUAGAAAAUCUUUUAAAUGUAUUUCUUUUUAUAUAUUAUUUUAUAAGAUGAAUUUGCUUUGAUAUUGAUUUUGUUUGUCUUUUUAUUUUAUCACAAAUCCUCCAUUCCAGCAUCUGUUAGCAAUCUUUUUUGGAAGCCACAAAAUAUGACUCAACAAAACAUGCUGUACCACAUGAUUUUCUGGAAUCAAUGUAUCUGGAGGUGAAGACUUUGAAUGAUGUUUUUUAAUAUGUUCAUUGAAUUUCAAUUAUACUGGUGUUUACAGAAUAAAUGUAAAUAUUUUA